UUUCAACCUUUCCAAAGUAUCGUUGAAACAGCACGAGCAUAUUCAAGAUGUCUUGAAUUCAUCGAUUUCUAGUACUAGCAGAUCUCCGGCUACUUCGCGUCGCUUAAGCGCACGCCACAAAACACCUACCGUUCUGCAUCGGUGACUCUUCAGUACAACGUUGUCCUUACCAAACAUGCUAUUACCUGUCUUUCGUCUUCAAUUCCACCCUAAUUUCUGAUGUCUCUUCUUUCAUACUCUUUUUCUCUGCUACUCCUUUCUUCUUUUUUUUUUUUGCGUCGUUUUUUUAAAGCCAUCCUGCCAUUAUCCUUCUUCUUUGCGACCUUGUUUUGUUCUUCUCUCUUCUUCAAUCUGGCAUCCAGAUUAUACUUUGUACUGCCAUUGAUAAUCAUGUUUACCAUUUUGUCGGCAGCACGUUUCCUUCCUUGGUACAAAUGGAAUCGAUCUUCGGCAGUGCCAUCACCGUAGAAGAAAACAAGUCUUCCAAGUGUUGUAGGAUGUAUGUUGCAUAACAG